AAUAAGUAUAGACACUAUACAUGAACUGCUAGAAACCUCUACCUAAUUUAUUUUUUGCUGUCUGAUUUUUUUCUGUGGAUAAUUUAGAAAAUUGCUGCCCCCACUUUAAAAAAAAAAUGGUAAUUUCUCGAACUAAACUUAAUUUCCUUUCAUAUUCUUAUUAAUUUGGAUGGUCUCUGUUUAAAUUUAACUCACUUUUUUUUAGUUCAAGAAUAGUAUGCUUAAGUGUUGUAACAAUCUCUAGUGGAAUAUCUAAUUGUUUGCAGCAGUAUAUUUUCUUUAAUCUUGAAUCUAUUCCACUCUUUUUUUUGUUUUUAUAUUUUCAAAUCUUGAUUUUUUUAGCCGUAGACUUUUUUUUGGUUCGAUCACAUCCUUAAUAUUAGAAGCUAGCUACUUUUUCUUGAUUUUAAAGAGCAAGUUUAGCAAAAAUUUUAGUUGGGUUUUAGUUUCUUGAUUUGUUUGUUUAACAAGAAAGGGUUUAAUGGGUAAUGUUUUAGUUUCUUGAUUUUACUGUUAAAAAAAAUGGUUUCGAGGUCUUAUUCAAAUCUUUUGGAGCUGGCUUCCGGUGACUCACCAUCUUUUGGCCGGAUGAGCCGGCGGAUUCCGCGGAUUAUGACGGUGGCCGGAAUCAUUUCUGACUUAGAUGAUGACGGGGAGAGUGUAUGUUCUGACCCUUCAUCUUCUUGUGCUCAGAAAGAUAGGAUAAUUAUAGUAGCUAACCAGUUGCCAAUUAGAGCUCAAAGAAAAAUAGAUGGUAGUAAUAAUAGUAAAUCUUGGAUUUUUACUUGGGAUGAAAAUUCACUUUAUUUACAGUUAAAAGAUGGGUUAGGUGAUGAUGAUAUUGAGGUAAUUUAUGUUGGUUGUUUGAAGGAAGAGAUUCAUCCUAGUGAACAAGAUGAAGUUUCACAGAUUUUGUUGGAGAGUUUUAAAUGUGUGCCUACUUUUAUUCCUCCUGAUCUUUAUACUAGGUAUUAUCAUGGCUUUUGUAAGCAACAAUUGUGGCCUUUGUUUCAUUAUAUGUUGCCUUUGUCGCCGGAUCUCGGUGGUAGGUUUAAUAGAUCACUUUGGCAAGCUUAUGUUUCUGCAAAUAAGAUUUUCGCUGAUCGAAUUAUGGAGGUGAUUAACCCGGAAGACGAUUUUGUCUGGAUUCAUGAUUAUCAUCUUAUGGUGCUUCCUACUUUUCUCAGGAAGAGGUUUAAUAGGGUUAAACUAGGGUUUUUCCUUCAUAGUCCGUUCCCUUCGUCGGAGAUUUAUAAGACAUUGCCGAUUAGGGAUGAGCUUCUUCGUGCGUUGUUGAAUUCGGAUUUGAUCGGGUUUCAUACUUUUGAUUAUGCGAGGCAUUUUCUUUCUUGUUGUAGUAGGAUGCUUGGUCUUACUUAUGAGUCUAAGAGAGGGUACAUAGGGCUCGAGUAUUGUGGUAGGACUGUAAGCAUUAAGAUUCUUCCGGUUGGUAUACAUAUGGGUCAGCUUCAGUCGGUGUUGAGGCUUCCGGAGACUGAAGCGAAGGUUAAGGAGCUGAUUAAACAGUUCUGUGAUAAGGGUAAGAAAAUGUUGCUUGGAGUGGACGACAUGGAUAUAUUUAAGGGUAUAAGUUUGAAGCUGCUGGCUAUGGAACAGUUGCUUCUGCAGCAUCCGGAGUGGCGAGAAAAAGUUGUGUUGGUACAGAUAGCAAAUCCUGCGAGGGGUAGAGGAAAAGAUGUAAAAGAAGUCCAGACUGAGACUUACUCCACUGUGAAACGGAUUAAUGAGACAUUUGGAGUGCCUGGGUAUGAUCCUGUAGUCUUGAUUGAUGCACCGCUGAAGUUUUAUGAAAAAGUGGCGUAUUAUGUUGUUGCCGAGUGCUGUUUGGUGACUGCUGUAAGAGAUGGAAUGAAUCUUAUACCUUAUGAGUACGUAAUUAGUCGUCAAGGAAAUGAGCAGUUGGAUAAGGUGCUGGGAUUAGAACCCUCGGCACUGAAGAAGAGUAUGUUGGUUAUCUCUGAGUUUAUUGGUUGCUCUCCCUCAUUGAGUGGAGCAAUUCGAGUAAACCCAUGGAAUAUUGACGCUGUAGCUGACGCAAUGGAUUAUGCAUUGGAGAUGGCUGAGCCGGAGAAACAACUCCGACAUGACAAGCAUUAUAAAUAUGUCAGUACUCAUGAUGUUGGAUAUUGGGCACGUAGUUUUCUACAGGAUUUGGAGAGGACAUGCCGUGAUCAUUCGAGGAGAAGAUGCUGGGGUAUCGGAUUUGGUUUAAGCUUCCGAGUAAUAGCACUUGAUCCAAACUUUAGGAAGCUCUCAAUGGACCACAUUGUGUCGGCAUACAAGAGGACCACAACUAGGGCAAUUCUUCUGGACUAUGACGGUACUCUAAUGCCUCAGGCUUCAAUUGAUAAGAGCCCGACUCCUAAGUCAGUUGGCAUCAUAAAUAGUUUGUGCAGAGAUGAGAACAACAUGGUUUUCAUUGUUAGUGCCAGAAGCCGCAAGACACUCACGGAAUGGUUUUCGCAAUGCGAGAAGCUAGGAUUAGCUGCAGAGCACGGGUGCUUCAUGAGGCUAACACGAGAUGAGGAAUGGGAAACAUGUGUUCCUGCAACAAACACUGCGUGGAAGCAGAUAGCAGAGCCGGUGAUGCAGCUUUAUACUGAAACAACUGAUGGGUCGACUAUCGAGGAUAAAGAAACUUCACUGGUGUGGAGUUACGAGGAUGCAGAUCCAGACUUUGGUUCAUGCCAAGCUAAAGAACUUCUUGACCAUCUUGAAAGUGUCUUGGCAAAUGAACCUGUUACGGUCAAGAGUGGACAAAACAUAGUCGAGGUUAAACCUCAGGGGGUAAGCAAGGGACUCGUGGCCAAACGUCUACUUUCGACCAUGCAAGAAAGGGGUAUGUUACCAGAUUUUGUUUUGUGCAUUGGAGAUGACCGGUCUGACGAAGAUAUGUUUGAGGUAAUUACCAGUUCAGUGGCAAGCUCAUCAAUUUCUCCCAACGCAGAAGUAUUUGCAUGUACUGUUGGUAAGAAACCCAGCAAGGCUAAAUAUUAUCUGGAUGAUACAGCAGAAAUAGUUAGGUUGAUGCAUGGUUUGGCUUCGGUUUCAGAUCAAGCCAUUACCGCUUAAGUUUAUGAGUUAAACACGUACUUGUUUUUUUUUUUGGGCAAAUGUAAGCAUGUAGGUUGAGAGGUGUAAUCCGCAUAGCUUCUCUUUAUUUUGCUGCUUUUCUUUCAUGUGUAAAUUAACAAUGGUACUUAAGAGAAGCGGCAAAAGUAGAAACUCUUUUGUGUUCGAUCUCUUCCUAGUGAAGUUGUAAAUAGACGUUUUUGCAAUGAAUCCGAGCUUGAUGAA